AAAGUGCAAUAUUGUGAAAUAUUACAAUUUAAAAUAACCAUUUUCGAUUUGAAUAGAUUUUAAACUGGAAUGUAUUCCUGUGCAAAGCUGUAUUUUCAGCAUCGUUACUCCAGUUUUUAGUGUCACGUGAUCUUUCAGAAAUCAUUCUAAUAAGAUCUCCAGAGAUCUGUGCACGCCCCUGCUUUUGAUCAAAUUAAUGCAUCCUUGAAGGAUAAAAGUACUGGGGGGAAGGAAAAGAAAAUUCUUACUGACUCUAAACUUUUGAACAGUAGUGUAUAAUGUUACAAAAUCUUUCUAAAAAAUAACAAUUUGUGAAAAAAAAGAAAGAAAGAAAAAACUGUUUUUGAAAAAAAAUUCUUACUGUCCAAAACUUGACCAGUAACGUUAGUUAAGUCACACACACACAAAUAGGUGGAUAAGCUCACAUACUCAUGCACAACCCUUCUUUCCCCUCACUAGGCUUUUUAACAGGUGUCUCUGAUUUGCCAAACGUGCCCUAAUUGUAGACGUAAGAUCUUGUAUAUUUCAGCUGCUCGAGCUGACCCCGGGUUUCGCGACACUACAGUGGUGUGGUGCGUGUGCAAAACGGCCUUGUCGAAUGGCGUUUAAAGCGAAACCAAUCCUGACGUGUUGUAUAUUCAUUCGGCUUAGCUUUAUUACAGUUAGUGGUUUUGCGGUAUUUCAUGAGGGAAAACGGUUUGAUUCAGCGGGAUAUUUUAAUAAGAAUGCACGAACAAUAGAGUCAUUUGAUCGAGGGGACCAGAAGCCGAAAUCUGCAGCACAGGUUGGGCGUCUUCUCAUUUGGCAAGACCAAUCUUCAAAAUCACAUGGUGGUGGUAGUGUCCGGUUUUCUUCGGACUUCAGUUCUAACAAUCAACCCGAUGAGAACACAAACCAAUCGGAGGAUUCAGGCUGGAUGAAGCUGCAACAUCUUGGGGAACAGGUUUAUGGUCUAAACACCCUGUAUACUCCAUCAGUGGAAAGGCUACUUGGAAUGAAACCCAAGGUGGAUUGUGUUGGAGAUUUGAUGAAAUUGACAGUUCAUGGACGAGAGGCUCCUUUUGGGUCCAACUUUCUUAUUGAUCGAGGAAGCAUCCCACCGCUUCCAUUGGUGCAUUUGCCCUCGGAAUGUGGUCAUAUUUUUUUGAGAACAUGGAGAGACUUUGUUUUCACUAUACCAUAUAAUGGAUGUUACGUAUCACAAGAGAGAGACACUUUUGUUCUUCCUUUACUUUGGUGGGGAUUGCCUGUGAAAAUGUCUUGUUCCUCCCUGACCUCGACAGAAAGUGAGCCAAUGGUCUCCUGCUACAGUAAUGGUAUGAUUGUGAGGCUGAAUAGUAGAGGAGUUUCUGAAAACCUGAAGAUCAAAGGAAUGAAUGAAUGGCAGCCUCUUCUGAAAGUGUCUGCUAGAUGUGGAUACAGCCUGGUGUCACAUCCAGAAGGUGUGGUCAUCCAUGCCCCAUAUAUGCCAUGCAUGGAGCCAAAGGAUGGGAUGUUCACUUUCAGCAUGGCAACAGAGAGUGAGUUUAAUCUGUCCUGCCCAGCACUGUCACAAAGUCUUCCUAUAAGUGCACCUGAUCUUGCACAUGAAAAUGAACUAAUUUCUGUACCUCAUGCUCUGACUUCAACAACACUCCCUCCCACCACAAUUUCUACAACUACUAAAAUUACUCCACCAAAAUGGGCACCAACAACAAGUUCAACAACUUCCACAAGUUCAGUUCAGAAGUUGGCUUCUCCUCCCUUCCCUCAUUACAUCCCUGGCCAACCUGUUCCUCCUAGUUACCCUUUCCUCCUUUUUCCUCCAAACAUACCACCAAAGAUUCUACCUCCAGGUCCCAAAAUUGUGGGUCCUCCAACUGCUAUUACCAAAAGGCCACAAGCACAGGUUUAUACAAAACGUCCUCAAACUUGGUACCCUUGGUACCCUAAGCCCAGCUUGGGACUUACCCGUGAUACCAGUCAUCAAAGUGCAGCUGGGUCACAUUAUCCAAGAAAACCUUUGAUGGUCCCAAUCACUCCCCUACUAAAACCAACAGGUAAUCCUCAAGAUCAGUUGACUUUCACCACAAGCAUGGUCCCUCCUUUGCAGUGGGUGCCUUUGUAUCCUCCCAGCAAUAUGAUACAUCCUUUAUAUCCUGGAAAACCUGAAUUUGUGUCUACCUCCUCAGCAGUCUUUCCUCAAGUCCCCUACCGGUCUCAUCACUCCCAAAUCAUACAAAGACCCUCUGAACCACAUUCUCCACCAAAACCAGAGUCUAAAACACCUAUACCUGCCCCUACAAGAAAAACAGGACCACAGCUCCUCCAAUCUCUGUGGUACAAACCCUUCCCACCACAUCGUUUCGAAAUGCCACCUGUUCCUACAAAAGUUCUACAUAGUAAAACCAUUUCGACCUAUGGGGCUGUUACUUCCAGUGCAACAACGUAUUCAGAAGAGCCUGAACAAGCUUUAAAACCAAAAGCUUUUGUGCUUCCAUACAAAUCGGAUGUUAAGUGUCCUCCUAUGAACUUUCAAUUAGCUUUAAGCCCAAGCACUGAUUCUACCCCUUCACUCCCCAAACUUCAAGUUGUUCACACCCAUACCCCAAUAAAGGCUCCAUCAACUCUAAUUAGUUCAUCCCAUGCAUGUUCUUUUCACUGCCAAACUUCCUGUUCCGGACCCCCUUCAAUUGUCUACCACCACCACAACCAUCACCAUUUUGGUCAUCCUUUUCAAAUGUCUAAACUUGACAUUUCAAGUGUGACCAAAAUCAAAGGCCAGAUGUUGUCAUCUCCUUUUGAAUCUCCUGGUUCAAAUCUUCUUUCCCUUAUUCAGGCUAUGGGUUAUAAUCAUGGCCAACUUUCCUCUCAACAUACAGCUGUACCACCAGCUUCAGAUUAUACAGCAAUGCAAUAUUUGGUGGAGAAUCCCCUCUUUAAGGAUACCGAUGCCCCUGUUACUUCACAGUAUUUGACCGAGCCAACCAUGUCGCCCUACAUUUUUAGGAAGUUGGAAUCCACUGCUCCUCCUCCACAGUCUACAAUGAAACCUGCGAAUGUUGCUCCCGUUAUACAUCCUUUGGGACCUUCUAAGCUGCAUUCUAGACUCUUACAAAACAGACCAGUUGCUGAACCUCUUGAUUAUUCAGACCGAAGCCCAGACCCAGCAGUGAACCAGCCUGAGAUAAAGCGGUAUUUCUCCCCGUGGGGCCAUGACACGCAGCCAAUGUUAGUUGCUCCAAAUAAUGUUCCCUCUUUUGAGGAAAUGGUCCAACAUGACAUUUCUUCAAAACCUACAAUGCCUCCAACCAAUGGCAAAAAUGUGUUUAUGAAUUACUGGUAUCAAGCUUAUAAUUCGAAUGCCAAGCCCUCCAUGUCUAAUUUUCCCACAAAAAACUCUUUUACCCAGAUGCUAUUGCCUCCGCUAUCCAAUAAUCAAAUCAAAUCGUCAAAUUGGUCUCCUCAACCAGAGCAAAGUCAUGGUAAGACCCCUCCACUACAACAGAUUUUUCAGCCCUUGAUGCAGUUUCACAACUCUGUGCCAGUAAUCAGCCCUGAGCUGCAUUUCCCUCCAAAUGGAGAAUCCAUCCAAAUUCCAGCAGUUAGGAGGCCAAGAUUAUUUGAGACUCACUGGGUUCCUGCUGUUCAAUCUAAAAAGGAUUCGGAGAUAGCUGGAAAUGGUGCUAACUUGCAAUAAAAGAGUUUAAGUGGAAAAA